AUGCCACCCGCAUAUGCUUCUCACGACUCUAUGCUUGACUCGAAAUCUCCACGAUAUCAUUCUGAAGCCGUCCAAAAUGCACAUCAGUCGAGUCAUUUCCGCCCACUCGAUCAGAGUCCGCUGAGUAGGAGCGUCAUGAAUGUACUUGCAGGUUCCUCGAACAGCUUGCCUCGUAGAGCUGCUGAAAAAGGAGUGCCAACGAUAGCUCAUCCUAUUCCGAUACCUGCCCAUGCGGCACCUCCGCCUCUUAUCAAUCGACCGGUCUAUGUUGCUCCGAAGGACAAACAGCCAAGAAUAAGCCACAGCGAGACUUCGGCGUUCACAGCCUUCAAAUCCCCCUCGAUGACUUCAUCCGUGGAAGUUCCAACAAGAUCUACUGAUAAAAUUGAGUUAGAAUUGCACAAGUUGCUUUGUGCAUCCUCCGAUGGCGACGAGUCGGUGAGGGCUGCUCAUCAUGGAGAAGAGAAAACGCCCACUGGAUUCCUGGACAGUAUGAGCCCAGAUACCGAUUUGGGAUCGGAAUUCGCAUAUAUGACUGGAAUAACCGGAGAUGCAAAUCACACGGGAUUGGGUUAUGUUCUUCCCUACACUCGCGCUGAUGGAUUUAUUGUGCAGCUAUGCGACGCUUGGAAAGAUUUCAAGCUGGAUAGAACUGCUAUCUUCGCAGGACUUCCUGGCUUUGAAGCAGUUCACUAG